GUUAGCAAAGCUUGAUACAGGAUAAUUAGUCUAUACAGACUGUGUAAGGCAAAGACAUCGUGCUUCAGGGAUUUUUAAUAAUUUUUGGAUCGAAAUCUUAAUUGACGUUCAAAGUUCGUCCUAAAUAGCUCUUUUUGGUUAAUAGUAAAAAAGAAAAGUAGGUGAAUCAAGAACAUGAAUCACUUAUGUAGAUAGAUACAUGAAUCGGUUGACUAAAAGUUGAAUCCUGAGCUUGUUAUCUCGGAGUUCUAAUUCAACUAAGUGGGGAAUACAUUUUGUUUUGGCUGUAAUUAUCUAAAAAUGUGACACACUACUUUGUUAUUGUUGGCCAAUGAUUGCUUGUAAUUGCUUAUUCAAAUUGCUAAAACUUUUGUGUUCUUGUCAGAGAUGAGUCGAAGCAUAUACAAGAAAUUGUGAAAUGGAUCUCCAAUCAUCUUGACCGAACGCCUUUGCAUGUUGCUAAGCACCCGGUUGGGAUAGAAUCUCAAGUGGUUAUGCUAAAAUCAAUGUUAAACCUUGAAUCUAAUGAUGAUGUUGUGAUGGUGGGAUUAUGGGGACAAGGAGGUAUAGGGAAGACAACCUUGGUGAAAGCCCUAUACAAUUCUACUUUUAGACAAUUUGAGGGUUCAUGUUUUCUAGCAAAUGUUCGAGAAACAUCAAAAGGUUGCAAGGAUCUAGUGACUUUGCAAGAAAUAUUAUUAAAAGAUACAUUAUUACUACAGCAAAGAUUAGAAGUGUCCACUGUUGAUAAAGGUAUUAAUAUAAUACAACGCAGACUUGGUUGCAAGAAAGUUCUCCUGAUCCUUGAUGACGUGGAUGACCUACGCCAAUUAAAUGCUUUGGCAGGAGAUGGCAAGUGGUUUGGUAAUGGGAGUAGGAUCAUUAUUACUACAAGAGACAGACAUUUGCUAACUUGUCAGGGGAUAUAUCAAGAUCAUGUGUAUGAAGUCGAAGCACUAGAUGACAAUCAAGCUUGUGAGCUGCUUAGUAAGCAUGCUUCUCAUAUGCACCAAAUCAGAAUAGAUCUAGUAAAUGGGGCUCUGAAUUAUGCUAAAGGUCUUCCUUUAGCACUUGAGGUGUUGGGUUCCUUAUUAUCUGGUGAAACAGAAGAUGUAUGGGAAAGUACACUGAUGAAACUUUCUAGGAGUCCUAACAAAAACAUUAAUAACGUGCUCAAAAUUAGUUAUGAAGGACUAGAUGAAAAUGAGAAAGAAAUCUUUCUCCACGUUGCCUGCUUCUUUAGGGGGUGGACAAGACAAUAUACAAAGAAAGUUCUUGAAAGUUGCGAUCUUGAGACAACUGUAGGAUUUGAAAUUCUUGUUCAGAGGUCCUUGAUAAGAAUUGAGUAUGACAUCCUAGAAAUGCAUGACUUAAUUCAAUUGAUGGGUAAGGAUAUUGUGAACCAAGAAUGUCCCGGUGAUCCCAGAAGACGCAGCAGACUAUGGUUGUAUGAUGAUGUUGACGAGGUUCUGUCACAUGACGAGGAAGAUUGUGCUGUAAAAGCCAUAGUGUUGGAGCUACCUAAGUGGACAGAGAUGUGUAUCCAUCCUGAUGCAUUUACAAAAAUGAGAAGGCUGAGAUUGCUCAUCUUGCGCAAUGUGCUGGAUUCUUUCCAAGGUCUUUUAUGUCUUCCUAAGGGGCUUAGAUGGUUUGAAUGGCCUAGAUGUGCGCGCUGGAUUCCAAAAUUUUCCUCUGGUUCAAUGAAAUUAGUGGGAAUUGAUAUGAGACAAGCCAGUGUCACAAUAGUGCCUAAAAAAUUUAAGGUGAGCAUUUACCUACAUAGAUCUUUUCAUUGUCUACUUCAUUUGCAUGUGUAUAUGUGUAUUACAUGUACUAGAACACGAAACGAAGUGGUGUUCCCUAGUUUUUGAAACCACGUCUCUUUUUUCCCCCCUUUCAAAAUGACCCUAAUUACUUGUGUAGGAAACAUGUUUACGUGCAGCAAAAUUGGCAUUUAAAAAUUAAGUGAAACAACUUUAUUAGAAACUAAUACAGAAUACAAAGAAAUUUUAUAAACAUAUACCUAAGAAAAAAGAAUUUUCAAGGUUUGAAUGCAUUGCGCUGUAAAACAAGGCAUUUUUAAAUGCUUAAAUGAGUUCGUGAAGAGCAGCAUUUCUAAGUAGACGAAAUUAAAUAUUUAUUAGAAACUUUGCCCGUAAUGCGUGUGCAUUUAGAAAUAAUUUGAUAUACAAGAUCCACACGGUAUGCUGCUAGUUUCUUAAUUGAAAGUCAAAGCUAGGUUUUGAGUUGAAUAUAUGAACUUUUUUUCUUCAAAAUGUUUUAAAAAGUUGGUUUCAUUGUCUUUAAAUGGCUUAAAAAAAGUUUCUUAAUUUUUGGGAAAAAUUCAUUGUGAUAGAAUAUAUAUU